AUGUCGAACGCCGAAGCCGGACCCUCUAACACCACUGCUCGAGUCCCCAAGAGCUCCCCGAUUGCCAAGAUGGCGCAGGCGAGGAGGGAGAAGGCGGCUGCGAGGGCGGUGAGGAAGGAAGCGCGAGCUCGUCGGCUCGCUCUGAACGUGGGUCGUAUUCCGGCCGAGGAUAAGGGGAAGGGGAAGGAGAAGGACAUGGAGGUGGAGAUGGAGGUGGUAGAUGAUGAGGACGACGACGAGGAGGAGGAGGAAGAGCUUCCCGCUCAGGGACCGUUGCCGCCGCAUCUCGAAUGGAGGUUGGGUUUCGAGAAGCCUCAACCGAAGCGGAACUGGCUGGGGGAGGUUGUGGUGCCUCAACCCAACAGCGAUGACUCGGAUGUCGAUGUUGAUGAGGCUUUCCGAGAACCGAAAAAGAGGAGUCUCAAAAUCAAGCUGAACGUACCAGAAGGUCAGCCUCCCCCUCCCGCUGGAACUCCUCCCCCUUCUCCUCCCGCUUCUCCUCUCCGUGAUGUCGUCAAGGAUCCCCUCGGUGAUGUCGAGCAAGGCGGACACGACAUGGGGGACAUGGGGGACAUGGGUGUUGACCGAGACAGCACUCUCUCUCCCGUUCCGGAUCAAGGUGAUGGGGAUUUCGAGCCCGAAGAUGACGAGGACGAGCUUGGAGACGUCGACGAGCUCGAAGAAGAGCCCGAACCCGUUCCCAACGACGCCAGUUGGGAGAUCGACUGCGCUAGGCUCGACGCAGCGCUCGCGGCCACCCCCGACGCAGCCAAGAAGGCUGCUAUGCUGCGGGCCUUCGAGAAGUACAAGGCUAGCAAGCUGUACUGGACCUUCCAGCGAAUAUACUCGUACUGGGAGGGUGUAAACAAGGAGUCGACACAUCUGUCGGCUGCUAUGAGGAUGCAGUUUGCCAACUACGGCAAGGUGAACGUGGGAGAUGAACGCUGCGACAGGUGUAAAGACCUGAUGUUCAACCCCAAGCGCAACGGCCGUGACGGGAACCCCGGGAUUAUACUGCAGUGUCGUCAAGGUUCACCGUACGCCAAAUGUUGUCACUGUACGAUAUCUGGCGACGACUGCUCGAACAAACUCGAGAGGAACGAGGUCGACACUGUCAGGGCAGGGGGUCCCGGUCGAUGGCAGGAGGUAUCGCAGGAACUCGCCUCGCUGUUCCUGGACUUCGAGGACGAGAAGGGUAGACUCGACCCCGAGGAUCCUGAAGAUGUUGCCGCCUUCACUAAGGCUCAUCUCGACGGGAUCACCAACAAGCUCAAGGCGAUCCGCGAGCGAGCGAUUGAGGGUGCGAAGCUGGCUGCUCCUCUGCGUAUGGAGGAGUAUACGGAGAAGCACGAGGAUCACGGUGAGAUCAGGCGUCUCGACGGUACGGUGGCUGAGUUGUAUGUUUUCGAGUCGUAA